CGGCAGGCCGACUUGUUAAACUAAAUUCAACAAUGUCGCUAGCACUCUUGUUAGAAAAAUACGAUGUGUCAACAGAGGAAGGCCUGCAAAAGGCGCUCAGUGAAAUCGAAAAAGAGGAGACUGAAGUGAAUGAAGCUCUAACUGGAGUGCUCUCUCGAGCGUGCUCCUUGGAAGGGCAACUGCGCACUGCAAGCCAAGCGUACACAAAGCUGAACGAAGUGAAGAGUGAUGCACAGACAGCCUGUCACAUGGUGGAGACGACUGCAGUACUGGCAAGGGAUGUUAGCGCUAAAGUGCGGCAACUAGAUCUUGCAAGGUCACGGGUAGCAGAAUGCCAGCGGCGAGUUCACGAUCUGAUCGACUUGCAACUUUGCAGUGCAGGGGUGGAGGCCGCCAUUAAGGCACAUGAUUAUGAGACAGCCGCGGGCCACGUGGCGCGCUUCCUGAGCAUGGACCCCGGGUCGGUGGCGGCGGCGCGCGCCCGCGGGGCGCCCGACCCGCGCGAGGCCAUGGCCCGCGCCGCGCGCACCCUCCGCGACCGCCUGGUCCAGAAGUUCGAGGAGGCGGCGCGCAAGGAGGACGAGGCCGCGGCGGAGCGGCUGUUCAAGCUGUUCCCGCUGAUCGGGCGCGCCGAGGAGGGCGUGGACCUGCUGGCGCGGCACCUGGCCGCGCAGGCGGAG